AUGCCGUUCACAAAGGGUACUAAGCGCGGUGCCCCGCGCGACUCGCGUAGCGACUCCGAGGACGAGGUCAUCAACAAGCCCACGAAGAAGACCAAGACCUCCAAGACUGAAGGCAGCUCAAGUGGCGUCGAUAAGGAGGGCAAUCCCUUCUGGGAUCUCUCCAACAAGCGCCGCGUCGGUGUCUCCCAAUUCAAGAACAACACCUUCAUCAACAUCCGCGAGUUCUAUGAAAAGGAUGGCGACAUGCUACCCGGCAAGAAGGGAAUCUCCCUCAACGUAGCCCAGUACGAGGCUCUGGUCAAGGCCAUCCCUGCCAUCAGUGAGAAGCUCCGCGCCAUGGGCCACGAUGUCGAGGAUGUUAAAGAGGACGGCGGCGCGCCUACUGCAGUCGAGUUGCAGAAGAAGUCUUCCAAGGAGAAGUCAAAGGCCAAGAGGUCCAACAUUGAGGCCACCAGUGACGAGGAGUCGGAGUAG